GAGCAGAGCUGAGCUGCAGCGCCGCCCGGAGCUUCAAGCACCAUGUAUGACCCAGAGCGCCGUUGGAGCCUGUCGUUUGCAGGCUGCGGCUUCCUGGGCUUCUACCACGUCGGGGCUACGCUAUGUCUGAGCGAGCGCGCCCCGCACCUCCUCCGCGAUGCGCGCACUUUCUUCGGCUGCUCGGCCGGUGCACUGCACGCGGUCACCUUCGUGUGCAGUCUCCCUCUCGGCCGUAUAAUGGAGAUCCUCAUGGACCUCGUGCGGAAAGCCAGGAGCCGCAACAUUAGCACCCUCCACCCAUUCUUCAACAUUAACAAGUGCAUCCGAGACGGGCUCCAGGAGAGCCUCCCAGACAAUGUCCACCAGGUCAUUUCUGGCAAGGUUUACAUCUCACUCACCAGAGUGUCCGAUGGGGAGAACGUGCUGGUGUCUGAGUUCCAUUCCAAAGACGAAGUCGUGGAUGCCCUGGUGUGUUCCUGCUUCAUUCCCCUCUUCUCUGGCCUAAUCCCUCCUUCCUUCCGAGGCGAGCGGUAUGUGGAUGGAGGAGUGAGUGACAACGUCCCUGUGCUGGAUGCCAAAACCACCAUCACGGUGUCACCUUUCUACGGUGAACAUGACAUCUGCCCCAAAGUCAAGUCCACCAACUUCUUCCACGUGAAUAUCACCAACCUCAGCCUCCGCCUCUGCACUAGGAACCUCCAACUUCUGACUAGAGCGCUCUUCCCGUCGGAUGUGAAGGUGAUGGGAGAGCUGUGCUAUCAAGGGUACCUGGAUGCCUUCCGGUUCCUGGAGGAGAAUGGCAUCUAUAAUGGGCCACAGCGCAGCCUGAGUCUGUCCUUGGAGGAGAUGGCGGCGCCAGAAGCCUGCUUGGAAAAUGGCAAACUUGUGGGAGACAAGGUGCCAGUCAGCCUAUGCUUUACAGAUGAGAACAUCUGGGAGACGCUGUCCCCCGAGCUCAGCACAGCUCUGAGUGAAGCGAUUAAGGACAGGGAGGGCUACCUGAGCAAAGUCUGCAACCUCCUGCCCGUCAGGAUCCUGUCCUACAUCAUGCUGCCCUGCAGUCUGCCCGUGGAGUCGGCGAUCGCUGCAGUCCACAGGCUGGUGACAUGGCUCCCUGAUAUCCAGGAUGAUAUCCAGUGGCUACAAUGGGCAACAUCCCAGGUUUGUGCCCGAAUGACGAUGUGCCUGCUCCCCUCCACCAGGUCCCGAGCAUCCAAGGACGACCAUCGAAUGCUCAAGCAUGGACAUCGCCCAUCUCUCCACAAGCCUCAAGGCAACUCUGCUGGUUUGUAAAUUGCUGCUCUCCCUGCUUCCAGUGAACUUGGACAUUCUUCUCAUGGUUGGUCCAGGAGAGGCCAAAGCUGAGGGCACCCUGCCUUCCACCCCCAGUCCAGCUUGACCUUUUAUCUGGAGCAACAGUGUCUGGAUGAUGGGUGGGUGAGGGGUGCUCUACUGUCUGUCCCUCUUGGGAAGGGUUCUGUUACUUUUGGAGGCAGCUAGGAAGUUUCUCUGUACAGCUGCCCCCUGGUGCUGGGUGGUGACCUCAUUGCCUGUGACCCCAGGAUCACAGGAUCUGGGCUAAAGUGGUAGUCCAUAGAAACCAAAGACAAUACUUUGGUGUUUAGAAAGCUACUUUUGGUCUGGGUGGAGUCUGGUGCUUAAGGGCUAUCGCAGAGAGGGUGUCAAACCGUCUCUCAGCCUGUGAGUCAGUGGGGAGCCCAAGGGCAUCAGUGUUCGGAAACGGGAAUCCAAACCGGGCAAUCUCCGAAGGCAACUGUUUAGGAAGUGUGAUGGGAUGGGCCGUGGCUGUCUCUGAAAAGGGCCUGCCAGAUAACUUAUUACUUUCAAAGACACCUUUGGCUCUUACUAGUUUAUAAAGUAUUUUAUAUAAACACACCAGGGAAUGCAUGGUGAACUACACGUAUGAUCAGUUAAGUGGGGCUAGAAUUAGGUAGGGAGAGCAUCGGACCUCUGCCUCCUCAACCUCAACUUGCUUGCUUUCUCCACUGGCUCCAAAUCUUUGUAUAGUCAGCCAUGACCACCUCUCUCCUUCCCCAUCUACUACCAGCAGCCUUAAUGGGAAUAAGUACCCACUUCUCUCAGGUGUACUAUACAGCUGUGGGUGUGGUGUGUGUUUCCUGUAAUUCAGACUUUAGAACGUAAACAAGCAAACAAAAGAAACCAGGUGCUGCCCAUACUCCUACGUGUAGACAGUGAAGGUGUGUGUCUCCCAUGCCCGAGUCUCCUAGAGGCCUAGUGAGCUCCAGGCUCAUGCAAGCACGUCAGGAGGAAUCACAUAAUCUCAGCAUGGUUGAUCCAGGUGAGAUAAGAAAGGACUCUGGGGGAGAGAAUGUGGUUCUACAGACAAAGUGUCUUGGCUACACAGAAGAUAAGACUGUCCCAAGGAAAGAAACCAGGAACUAGGGUGCAGCUCAGUUGUUAGAGGACUUCUCUAGGCUUGGAGCCCUGAGUCCAAUCUCAGCACCUUAUAAACUGUGGAGUGACAGGCAGUGACAUCGGCCUGUAAUCCCAACACUCAAGCAGUAGAGGCAAGAGGAUCAUAAGUUCAAGGUCUUCCUUGGCUACUUAGGGUGUUGGAGGUUAGCUCUGACUACAUGAGACCCUGCCUCAAAAAAAAAAAAAAAAAAAAAAG